UAACAGCGUUGUCCAGGACGCGGUUGCUUAUGGUGUCUCUAAAAUGCCCGUUUAGUUGUUUGUCAGUACCAACUAAUCUUGCUGACGUUAGCGAGGUAGCUCAAGACAAGCCAAAUUGUUUGCUGACGUUAACCUCUAGCGGUAUGUAGCUAGCUACUGCCUGGCCGGCUACUGUUUUUGAAUGAAAGUGAACCAGCUAACAAACAAGCAAUACCCACACAAAUAUAGCAGUCCGCUUCGGGUUGAAUGGUACCACACAAUUACGUUAUAUAAUUACUGUAACUAGCUAACGUUACGUUAGCCCGUUUGUUUCCACUGUGGUGGAAAGAAGCUGUCUGGCUUGCAGGCCUUCAGGCUUGUCAACAAGGGCUACUGGGCUUCAAUGUUUGACAGCUACUAUCCAACAUGGGCGGACACGACGCAGGAACCAGUCACCAGUUUACUGGUUUUGCCAAGUACUUCAACGCAUACACAAUCACAGGCAGGAGGAACUGUGUUUUGCUCACAUAUGCAAGCAUAGCCACCAUCGCCCUCUUCUUCAAGUUGAAGCCCAAGAAACAGGCAGCUGUCACGGCAAAGUGAUGUGUCCUGACUGUUCUGUAAUAUAGUGGUCGGAAGUUGUGGCAGCUGGAUGUGCUUGUAAGAAAUAAGGCCAUAUUAUUUGGUAUCAUCGUGUUAUUAACAAUAAAAACAAUGUAAAAUUUAA